CGUGGCUGCGGCAGGUUCCAGACAAAUUCAAUCAUGUUUACGAAGAAAUAUCACAAGCUUAUCUGCUAGUAAGGCAAAUACAACAGUUGAUAAGGAAGAUGUGAAUAGACACAGCAAACACAUGAAGGCCUGGUGGGAUCCUAAAGGCAAGCUAGGAGUGCUCCACUCUUUUAAUAUGCUGAGAGUUCCAUUAGUCAGAGAUGGUCUCAUUAGUGAGCCAGAGAAAGAGAAAACUCUUACACCUUUAUCCAAUAAGACUAUUCUAGAUGUUGGCUGUGGUGGAGGAAUAUUAUCAGAGGCUUUGGCCAGAAUAGGCGGCGUCGUGACGGGGGUGGACGCCAGUGAAGAGUUAAUCGAGUGCGCCAAACGACACAGUGACCUCGACGAGAAGAUUGCCCACAAUAAGCCCGCAUACUUCUGCUCCACCAUCGAGCAUCACGCCGAGGAAUACCCGAAUCGCUACGACGCGGUGGUGGCCUCGGAGAUCAUCGAACACGUGGCCGACAAGGAGCUCUUCGUUCGGGCCUGCGUGUCAUGUCUCAAGCCCGGUGGCCGCAUCUUCGUCACCACGCCCAAUAGGAGCCUCUGGACCCGGGUGCUGGGCAUCUACGUGGCCGAGUACGUAAUGGGCAUGGUGCCCGAGGGCACGCAUCAGUACCACAAGCUCACCACGCCGAACGAGGUCUCUUUUCUGCUUGAGAGAAAUUGCUGUCACGUCGAGCUGAUUCACGGCAUGAUGUACAAUCCCUUUUCUGACAAGUGGUCUUGGGUCAAUUCCACUAAGCUCAUGUUCGCCAUGCAGGCGAUCAAGUUGGAACCCGAACACAAAUAAAGUCCUACGAGUGAUUCUGUACUGUUGCGAUAAUAAAGUUGUUGCUUUUA